UCUCUCUCUUUCUCUGUUCUCGUGCGCGCGUACACGGAUUAAUUGAACUGGUUAAUUUAUUUUGUCCUAUUUCUUUUUUAGGUUUUCUGAAAUUUAUUAUGUAAUUUAAGGUAGUAGAAGAGUACAACUGUGACACCAUCAUUAUCUCAGAACUUGUAUGUAAAUUUGUGGCAGGAACGUGCACAGAUUAGUAAAACUGCUAUGUGCUAUUGUUUUUACUGAGAUUGGGAUUGGAACACUUGUGUAGGCUUCGUGAUUCUCCUUCUGUUCUGCUAUCUCAUCCCCUUUAAUGCCUGAUUUGACUCGUAAUAUGUAAUCAAACUUGUUGGACUCUCGCUACUUGUAAACAUAGUUUUUUCUGCUUUCAUGCCUGCAAUUCUGGAUUUUUCUUGAGGGGCUUUGCUUCAUUUGACUUUAUGUUAUACAAGGGCCUUGAGCUCAUCCACUAUCCCUUUUAAACCUGUACCCAUUUGGGUUACAGAUUCAAUUCUGUUCCACCACCUUUGUUGUUUCAUUUUGCAAGUCUUAUUUCAUUUAUUGUACUUGCCUGUCAAUGCUGCUAAAUUAUGUUGUCAUUGUCCCUUUGGUAAAAGUCUUUCACAUUGCGGCCUGCUAAUUCUUAUUCUCAUUGCAUGGGUUUCCUUCUGAGAUUCAUUCGCCACAACUCGUUUUUGGUCUUUCAUUUUGUUUCCUCCAUUCGAUAUGUGCAUACUUCUUCCCAGGAAUUCUUUCGGCCUCUAUGCCUUCUUCACAGUUGCCUCACAAGCUUGUUUACUUAGUUUAAUAAGAUGCCACGGGGAAAGGCAAAUUCUUCAUCAGUUGCUAAGCCAUCCGAGCCUGAAAAUCCAGCUGAAUCUGAUGAAAAGAUCGAUUUUGAUGAUGCAAAUGAUGCUGAGGAAACAAUGGAAGAAGAAAUUGAAUAUGAAGAAGUAGAAGAAGAAGAGGAAGUGGAAGAAAUAGAAGAGGUGGAAGAAGAGGAAGAGGAUCCGGAGGAGGUUGAGGUGAUGGAGGAGGAAGAGGAGGAAGAGGAUCCGGAGGAGGUUGAGGUGGUGGAGGAGGAAGAGGAGGAAGAGGAUCCGGAGGAGGUGGAAGAGGUUGAAGAAAUGGAAGAAGAUAAUAGCAUGCAAAACAGUAGCAAGGCAGAAGAUAAGGAUGAGAAGAAAAAGCAUGCUGAUCUUCUAUCUCUUCCUCCUCAUGGGUCUGAAGUAUAUAUUGGUGAUAUUCCACUUGAUGCCUCGACUGAGGAUUUGAAAGCAUUUUGUGAGUCUAUUGGGGAAGUUGCAGAGGUUCGUGUAAUGAAAGGAAAAGAUUCUUCUGAGAAUAAGGGAUUUGGUUUUGUGACAUUUAAAAGUGUGGAAUUGGCUUCUAAAGCCAUCAAGGAGCUGAACAGUAAAGCAUUUAAGGGUAGAAAAAUAAAAUGUUCAACAGCUCAAGCAAAACACCGUCUUUUUAUUGGCAAUGUUCCCAGAAACUGGGGUGAUGAAGAUCUCAGGAAGGUUGUAUCUGAUGUUGCACCUGGAGUUACUGGUUUAGAACUAGUCAAGGAUAUGAAGAACACUAAAAAUAACCGUGGAUUUGCUUUUAUUGACUAUUAUAAUCAUGCAUGUGCUGAAUAUUCAAGACAAAAGAUGAUGAGCUCAACAUUUAAGCUAGGUGACAAUGCUCCAACGGUGAGCUGGGCUGACCCUAAAAAUGCUGAUUCCUCUGCUUCAUCUCAGGUGAGGGCAGUAUAUGUGAAGAACUUGCCUAGGAAUGUAACUCAGGAGCAGAUGAAGAAGCUUUUUGAACACCAUGGGAAGAUCACAAAGGUGGUUCUUCCACCACCAAAGUCUGGGCAGGAAAAGAAUAGAAUAGGUUUUGUACAUUUUGCAGAGAGGUCAAGUGCUAUGAAAGCACUAAAAAACACUGAAAGAUAUGAAUUAGAAGGUCAAAUUUUGAACUGCUCUCUAGCAAAGCCACAGGCUGAUCAAAAGUCUGGAGGAUCAAACUUGCAGAAGCCAGGAUUGCUUCCAAGCUAUUCCCCACAUGUUGGUUACGGUUUGGUUGGUGCCCUUGGCGCGGGAUAUGGUUCCCCAGGUUUUGCACAGAUGCCCUCAAUGUAUGGAAGGCAACAUUCAGGUCAGGGAGUGCACUCACGAACACCACCCUUCUUUCAGAGAGGUGGCUGGGGUGGUGGUGGUGGGAGUGAAGGCACAAUAAUAAUAGUAGCCAGGGGCAUAGAUACCGCCCAUAUUAGUUGGUCUUUUAAAUGUGUAUUCUCCUUCGUACCUUAAGAAUUUCGUUCAAAUUUAGUGAAGUUUGUUAAGCAAUUUUUUUAUAAUUGAAUAGUUUAUCCUGUA